CAAUUGCAGCCUCCAUGGGUCCCUCCAGCAGAGGGCAGAAUCAAAGGACUUAAAACCAGCCGCCAUUGCUCCUUUAACUUUAAACAAAAGAAACGCCUUCUGUCUGUCAAAUAAGGAGGAACUGUUUCUUAAAGGACAGGGUUCAUCCUGACCCUCUCUGUUUUGGUCUCACACUCCACUAGUAGAACCUGGAGGCAUUCACCCUUAAACUGUUGAGAAUGACCGUCUGCCACUCUGCAACCUGCCCAUCCCUGACAGGGGCCCUGACUCCCUCAAGUCCACACAAGAUACUAUAGACAUUCUUCUUGCAGACUUGGGAACAAAUAUACCAAAUGUCCCUGCUUGCCGUGUCUGUGUGCAGAGACAGCCCCUUCAGCUCUCUGUCCUGGUGGUGCCGAUCCAGGGCUAAGCUUUCUAACAUCUGUGUGUUUGGAAUCAGCCCAGGAAAUGCUCAUUUGUUACAAUUUCUUCUUGAGCUUGAGGAGCUCUGGGGUACAAAUCCUGGAAAUAGUCUCUAAUGCUGUCCAGGCCAGGCCUUCAUUUUCUAGCAGACAAUUGAGGUCUUAAGAGGGAAAGGGAGGGACACUGCUAAGGUAGUUUCUAUAACCCAAUUGCCAGCCCCUCAUGAGCCCCUCCAGCAGAGGGCCAGAAUCAAAGAACUUAAAACCAGUCAUCAUUUCUCCCUUAACUUCAAACAAAAGAAAUGCCUUCUCUCUGUCAAAGUAAAAACAAGGAGGAACUGUUUCUCAAAGGACAGUAAAAUCGCAAGCUCUUGGCCUAAGAGCAGACCACACAACAGGGCACCCUGAGCCUUGAAGUACAGUCAGCAGGACCCAGCAUCUCCCGGCACCUGCCUGCUAGUGGUCAUGAUAACAUGAUAGUACCCAGACAGGAGACAGCAGUCACAUGGUGGGGGCUCUAUUUCCUAAAAAGAUCCUGGACUUCCUCUCUGGAAUGCUUACUUCUGAGCUCAGCAACCAGGGACAUGAGACCAGUCCAUUCUGGGCAUCUCUGUGGGGAUGAGGGUCACAGUCCAGCAGCCUCUCUUCCUCUUCUGAUGAAAAAGAAAGAGAAGGAAACAUUAACUGAGGAGCAGAUAUCAGAGCGCAGAGAGGGGAAGCAUCCUGCCCAAAAGCAACCAGAUAGUUGCUCUCUUUUGGCCUCAGCUGCUUUUCUUUCCCCUGUAGGCCAUAGGCAUUUGCUGCCUUGGCAGCUGGUUGGCUGGUUGGUGGGAAACACUGCAGAGCAGGGAGUGAAAGGCCCACUCCCUCCACUGAGUCCUGUCACCAUGGAGAGCAGGCCACACCAGGAUGCAGUGCUGGGGGACUGGGAAGGUGCUUACUGUCUGUCUGCCUUCCCCCUGGAAAAACAGAGACAGGCCCACUUGCAGGGGCAGGCAGAGAACAGUCAGCUUUGUGAGGUCACUGCCUGCUGAGCAGCCCCCGUUCCUGCCACGGGAGAAACAAAAAGGCAGUGGCUGUGCGUCCUCCAGAGGUUUUAUUGGAGAGGAAGGAGUGGACAGGGAAGCGUGCGUGUGUGUGUGUGUGUGUGUGUGUGUGUGUGCGUGUGUGUGUGUGUGUGGCAGAAGCACAGCUGGGCAGCUCUUGCUCCCAGGCUUUAGGACAGUCUCCUACCCCAGCCCAUGGUCUCUCGGAACUCAGGGAGACCACACUGGGUCCAGGGCAUUUUCUCUGAUGCCCAGUGUUUUAUGUCUUAGAGAGAAGUAACUCCAUACAGGGUGGAAGGCCAUUGACUCCUUAGGUCUCUGUCAUCUGGAAAUUUCCUCAGGCUGGCUUGGAAAUGACGCCCACUCUUUUUCUUAUAACAAAUAAGCUGCUUUGAAGGAGGCUUAGUUCCCCGGGUCCUAAAUUUGACUGUUUUUUUUCUCUCUCUCUCAUUGUAUGUGUGUGUUAGGAAAAAUGGCACAUUUCCAAUACCAGCUUUGGAGGAAUGAGUACUUUCCCCCUCCGUUUCAAGUCCAAAGGACCAGGCCCCCCUCCUUCCAAAGUGUCCAACCCUGAAGGAUUUGCUAGUUUAAUUUGUCUUCCCUCCCCAGGGAGGACUUGGGAACCAGAGGACCCCAUGCCUCCUCAGAAACCCACCUGGGAGCAACAGCCAAAUUCCUAUCUCACUCUACCUAAGCCAGGUGGAUGUGAGCAAACUCACCCCAUCCUUUGCACCUGAAGACCUGGUUACAGUAACCUGAUACUGACCAGUUGUUUGUGUGGCUGGAAUGGUAUGGCUCAUGCAGUGUGGGCCAGCAACAAUAUGAGGUGGGUGAGUGUGUGUGUGUGUGUGUGUGUGUACAUGUAUAGAUGCUGCAUAAAUGGUUUUUGAUGUCAGAAGCAAACUAAUGUUAUUGUUUAAAUGCUCUCUUAUGUAACAGUGUGCAGAGGGACCAUAUUCACUCUUGUCAUAUUAUUUGUGAUAGUAAAACAUGCAUUUGCAAUAAAUCAAGCUUUCUGGAAAGGAGGCCUUGGAGCCAAAUGACUUGUCUUGGAACACGUGUGUGUUAUCUCGGUUCAUAUCAAGUCCAAAGCCGACUGAGAGCCUUCCCUGUCCUCCUGCCUGUGUAGGGAGGAACACAGGGACCCCCUUGUUUCUUCUCAGUGCUAUAUUUUAUAGUUAUGUUGAAGUUUCCAUCUCCUUCCCUUUGUGCAAGUUGGGAGUAGCAGUGUUCUAAAAGAUAGUUUGAUGUUUUUGUUGUUGUAACUUUUUUUUUUAAUUAUCUGCUUUAUGUUUAGAAAUAAAAAUCUCUAUUUUGGUCUAUGAAA